UGGGACACCUGGCAAAAGGCCCAAUGGCACUGGGCCCAACUUAGCCAAAGCGUCGCCGGCUCCAUCCCUCCCGUCUAUGGCACGGCCGUGGUGGCGUACACCAUGGCCGGCGGCUUGUACAGUGACUUCAACCGGGCCGUCCGCAUCGGCGGGAAAUCCCAAAAGGCUUACCACCAAUUCCCCUUCAAGGAUUUCCACUUCCUCCUCACCAAGGUGGUGAAGAUGCGGGAGGUUCCGGGCCAAUGCUACGAGGUUUUCCACGGGGUCAAAGGCAUCCGGUUCAAGGCCCACUACAAGCAGGCCGUCCGCUUCGGGCAGUUCGCCUCGGCGUCAUUGAUCAAAGCAGUGGCUCAAAAAUUCGGGCAGGACACCUUCUUCUCCAUCAAGACCUGUCACGGCGUGCCUGUUUACGACCUCUCCCAGUUCCCGCAGGAAAGGGAGGUCCUCAUCCCGCCCUACGAGAAGUUCGCCGUCACCCACCACGGCAAGGGCCCCAAUGGGGUGAUCGUCCGAUUGGAAUCGCGGGGUGUCUAUAGCUGCUUCAACUGCGACGUACUCCUGAAAGGUAACUGA